AUUAAACAUGGGGAGUCUUUUCAGAAGCACUUGUUUGGUGGGAUAGUUAGUAAGCAUAUCAAAUAAUGAACUAAUAUGAACAACACUAUAGAACCACACCAAAUGUACAUAAUAUGAUAUUAAACAUAAAGUAUUGUUGAGUAGGGUCCAGUGUAAAACCACUCAAGUUGUCCUUGUAGAAUGUGUCUGCUUUUAAAGAACUGUCACCCCCCUCCAUCUUUCAUUAACACAGUGGCUGUAAAAGAUUAGCGUGCCUUAUCAUCAAGUCUUGGUUACCAUCUGCGAUGCUCAUCUUCUAUGAUGAAAUGUGAUCCAGGGACUUUCAGGUGACAGUGUCAGAGUAAGAUUAUGUAGUGGGAAUGCUUGACAUAGUUUCCAUCGUCACAAAGUGCCCAUUCCUAUUUAAAAGUACUACUCUCUCCUUCAGCCAGCACAGCAAUGCUGAAAUACAAAAUAGAAGAAGUUAGAGGUAGAAGGAAGGCAACAUGUCAGAAUCAGACAGAAAAUCUAAUCUGAAUAAGUUAACCAAAACCAACAAAAAUAUAAAAAAACUGUGGACCAUAAGCAUGGUUUGCAGCUUGACUAAAAGUUGGCAGCGGUGGGCUUCAGAAAAUGAAAAUAAGCAUGCCAGCGAACCUUCAGGUUGGGCACCUUAUGCUGAAAAAGAAGAAAAAACAAAGCAAUAUAAAAAGAGAAGUGCUGAUCAAACAACGGGAUCUAUUCAAAAGACAUUUCAAUCUGCAGAGAAACUUGAAGGCGAUUCUGGUGAGGAACUUUUGGAGUCAAAAAUCAGAAGCAAACAGGUGAUGAAAACCAUAACAAGUAAGGUUCAGCAGAAAGGGAGUGUCAUUAGCUUUUUGACAAAUAGAUAUGAAAAUGAAACAAAUGAGGCUGAUAAAAUUGUGUACGAGAACAAGUCUCCAACCCGGAGGAGAAAGUGUUCCAACCUAGUCUCUGAGCUCACCAAGGGCUGGAAGGACAUGGAGAAUGAAAAUCACAAGACCCGGAGUAACAGCAUAGACACUGAGGACAGUGGUUUUUUAGAGGGAGAUGAGAAAAACCAGGAGGAAAUGGAAAUAUCUGAGAAACAGGAGGAAACAGCAUAUUCACCUGUCAGGAUCAAACAACCAUCAACUACACUAGUGAAUAAAGACGUGGCUGAAACAAAAAGGAUCAAUCUUCUUGCUAAGAAACACAGUCCUGUGGGUAACCUGAAGAGUAGAUGGCAAAACUGGGCUGAACAGCACACUAUGACUCAGAAGCUAAACCCUUUUAGUGAGAACUUUGACUACAGCAUGUCCAUGGCCACCCGUCUCCACAAGGGUGACGAAGGCUAUGGAAGGCCAAAGGAGGGCACCAAGACUGCAGAGCGGGCAAAAAGAGCAGAGGCCCAUAUUCACCGCGAGAUCAGCGACAUGUGCUUUGUUAUCAGAACCAUGGAGGACCCUGGACCAGACGGAAAGAUCAGAGUAAAUUUUGGACAACUUUUUGACAGAUAUGUGCGUAUUUCUGAUAAGGUGGUUGGCAUCCUCAUGAGGGCCAGGAAGCAUGGAAAGCUGCAUUUCGAGGGAGAAAUGUUAUGGCAAGGUAGAGAUGACCAUGUGGUUAUUACUCUUUUAGAAUAACAUUACUGGAUUGCAUCAGCACUUACAUUAAAAUGAGGCUGUCAGUACUGUAUACUGUAAAUCAGUGUACUAAGGUUAGUAUUUAUCUUUGACAAUUUUUGGAUUGAAGGUUGCCAAAUACCUGAUGCGAUGCGACAAGUGAAGUGCUGUGAUGCAACAAAAAUAAUAGAGCCUAUACUUAAACGAUAGUGCUGUCGAUAAAGGCUCUGCUGUGUGUUAGCUGACCGCGACUGGAGUUGUGCAUCCCGAGCCGAAGGCAAGGGCGCUAACAAAAGUCAAGGCCAACCAUCACAUGGUAGAAACUUCAUCGAGAGGGCACUAGCCCUAUAAGAAAAUUAUUUUGCUCAUUUUCUUUAAAAAAACAAACAAAACAUUUACCUUGAACUUGUAAUGAUUCAUCUGUUACCCUUCCGCUGAGAAACAUUUUAAGAAAGUAGUCCCAAAGGAUCACAUACAUAUUUAGAGGGAAAAAAACAACCUUUGUUAAACAAAAAAUGUUUUUACCUGCCAGGGCUGCUUAUAGUUUUAUCUGAACAGUGCCAGAUAUCUGAAUGGAGGAAUAUCACCGAACUUUCCUUGUCUCGCUUUGUUGUUGUUGAAAGAUAAUGUGUUUGAGCUCCAGUCGAGCUGAUAAGCUGGUACAGGAGUGUUGAUUUUGGUGAAUAAUAAAUUCAUUUGGACCAAUUA